ACAGUCUGCAACUGCCACUUCCUUUUAAUCUGAAGUGGCCGUCAGAAGUAAAAAAGGACCUUGUUCCACAUACCCAUGUGGCUGUCUUCCUGGAACCCUUUUCUAGAUGGUGGGCAGGAGAGACUUCACGGUGACACCAUGAACAUCUCAAGCAACCCACUAGCUCCAAACGACACCCUGGAACCCACCAAGCCUUCUUCAGAAGGUGGGCACUCUCUUUGGGAGGUGGUCUUGAUCAUUUUGACGACGGGGAUCAUCUCCUUUGUCACUGUGGUGGGGAACCUUCUGGUGAUGAUCUCUUUCAAGGUCAACCGGGAGCUGAAGACCGUCAACAAUUACUUCUUGCUCAGCUUAGCUGGCGCCGACCUCAUCAUUGGAGCCAUCUCCAUGAACUUGUACACCACCUACAUUGUCAUGGGGCGGUGGGCGAUGGGCAGUGUGGCCUGCGAUUUGUGGCUGGCCCUGGACUACGUUGCCAGCAAUGCGUCUGUCAUGAACCUGUUGGUCAUCAGCUUCGACCGCUACUUCUCCAUCACCCGCCCGCUCACCUACAGAGCCAAGCGGACACCCAAGAGGGCCGCUGUUAUGAUAGGCUUGGCUUGGCUGAUCUCCAUUAUCCUGUGGGCACCCGCCAUCUUGUUCUGGCAGAACUUUGUCGGCAAGCGGACAGUCCCCGAGGACGAUUGCUACAUCCAGUUCUUCUCUGUGCCAGUCAUCACCUUCGGAACGGCCAUUGCGGCCUUCUACCUCCCCGUCAUCAUAAUGGUGGCUCUCUACUGGAAGAUCUUCCAGGAGAUCCAGAAGAGAGCCAAGGAACUGUCUGGACUACAGGGCUCAGAGUUUGGGAGCAAACCCCAAGCUGCCUCCAGAAUACCCCCAAACAGUGGCAGCGGGGGCAGCAGCAGUAGCAGCUCGGAGCCAUCCCACGCUGUUGCAGCUUCCUCUGCCGUGGUUGUCCUUCCUCUGCAGACAUGCUGCUUUCCUGCUGGGCAGAGGGCCGAGGGCCUGUUCAUAGACCAAAGCAGCAAUGGCAGCUGGAACAACACGGAGGAUGAGGAAGUGGAGGAGGCCUCUGCCGACUCCUUGACGUCAUCCGAGGGCGAGGAACAGCCCUUCGAAGUCCACUCCAUCUGCUCAGCAGUCAUCCGCCUGCCCAUGAUCAACACCGUCCUGCAGCCACCGCGGCCAGGUCAGUGCCGAGAUCCCAAGGCAGCGUCUGGUAGGAACUGGGCUGGCGGAAAGGUCCUCGUCGGGAUCCCAAGGCAAUCUCCGCUCAUGGAGAACAAGCUCAAGAAAGCAGCGAUGCCACCACUGAUGGAGAAGACUCCAGCAGCGGCCAAGAGCCAAGCCUUCAGGAGGAAGAGGAGGAAGAAUCGUGUCUCCAAAAGGAAAACGCUCUCGCUGAUGAAGGAGAAGAAAGCAGCCCGGACGCUCAGUGCCAUCCUUUUGGCCUUCAUCAUCACCUGGACUCCCUACAACAUCAUGGUGCUGGUGUCGACUUUCUGCCAGGGAUGCAUUCCCAAAGGCCUUUGGAAACUGGGGUACUGGCUUUGCUAUGUCAACAGCACCAUCAACCCCAUGUGCUACGCCCUCUGCAAUAGGUCAUUCCGGACCACCUUCCGGAUGCUGUUGCAGUGUCGUGGGGGUCGGCGACGCUAGAGGGAGAAGGGAGCAACUCCUAGGUGGUGUCAGUCCAUUGAGCAGGGGGCACGAAGACCCUGACGUGGUGCAUAAAAUAAGGAAGGACAAACGAAGAGUGGGGUGGAACACAGAUCCUUCCCAAUUUUAGGGCUAGGUAUUUAUAUUUUGGAAGGAUAACUAUGAUAUGCCUGGGUAUGUUUACAGAAUUCAGCACUGCAGAGGCACAGAGGUGGUCUCCCCCUUAAUGGAUGCUUAAAUAUAUAUAUACUUUUAAGCUCAGAAGACAUUUUGCUCCUAAGAACAUAAGAACCACUGGGGCACUCCAUCCUAGAACGGGACAUAAAGGCUUCAACCGCCUAGACCCCCAGAAUCUGGUAUUCAGAAGUAGACUGCCUGUGAAAAAAUUCGUUCCAGAAAAUAAAGUGUUCCUCUGUCAACUUCUAGGCCACCACAAUUUUUUUGCAAAAGGAAUAAAGGAAGCAGAGUAAGUUGUAGGGAAAGUGCAGAUUGAAUCAGUGUCCCUUCGUUAUUCAGAUUUCGGAAUUUAUAGGCUUAUUAGCAGAGAC